UGGAAAGAUUUAUAUACUGACUGUAUUAUUUACUUUGGGAGGGGAGGUGGCAGUAUAAGGGUAUGCUAAUUAGUGGGAGAUUUUGGGGGGAAGGGGUGGAAUAUCAAUUUUUAUUGCAUCACCUGUCAGGAGUGUCCAAUCAGCGUUGGCUUUAGGGGAAUUAAUUGAUGAAGGUGUCUCCGGACGAGCUCGCUUCACUCUGUCAUUUUAUUUGUAGCUAAAGCAGCGGCGGGAAUAGCAGCUGCAUUUCUUUUCUCUUUCUGCCUUCACAUUCCAUUAUCACAGUGCUCCAAUGGAGAAAGAAGAAAUAGAGGGGCCCAGGUACUGAUCUGCAGCGAGGACUCAGACCAACACACACACUGGCAGAUCAGAAACCGGAUGGUUUUUUCCCUCUUUUUGAAAAAAACGAAAACCAAAAAAAAAGCAAGAAUCAAGUCAGUGUAAUUUCAUGGGGUUUUUCCUCCCCCCCUUCCAUAAUUUCGCCUAGAGUUUGGCACUCCCUUCGCCGGGAAUAACAGUCUUUGUUAUUUUAUUAGCAGGAUGCCUUGAGACACACGCAGCAUCUGGCGGAGGAUUAACAUACAUCCAUGUGUAUGUAUGCGUCACGUAUAUAUUUCCUGCAAAUGGUGGGGAUCCUUUAGUGCCCGAGAUGGGAGACCUGAAGUCAGGUUUUGAAGAGGUGGAUGGCGUGAGGCUCGGCUACCUCAUCAUUAAAGGCAAGCAAAUGUUUGCCCUUUCCCAAGUCUUCACAGAUCUGCUGAAAAACAUCCCGAGGACGACCGUGCACAAGCGCAUGGAUCAUCUGAAAGUGAAAAAGCACCACUGCGAUCUGGAGGAGUUGCGAAAACUCAAGGCCAUCAACAGCAUCGCCUUCCACGCCGCCAAAUGCACGCUCAUCUCCCGGGAAGACGUGGAAGCGCUCUACACCUCCUGCAAGACCGAGCGCGUGCUCAAGACCAAGCGCAGGAGGCUCGGCCGGGCCCUGGCCACUACCCAGGCGCCUCUGUCGCCGCCGCCCGCCGCCGCCAGCGCGCUGACUCUGGUCAACGGAUUCUGCACGCCUCCCCACCACCACCACCACCACCAUCACCACCACCACCAUCACCACCACCGUGCCCAGCAGCAGCAGCAGCAGCCGAAUCACCACCACCCCCCUCACCACCACCGGCCGCAGCCCCAUCUCGGCAGCUUUCCCGAGAGUUGCAGCAGCGACUCCGAGUCCAGCUCCUACUCGGAUCAUGCAGCCAACGACUCGGAUUUUGGCUCCAGUUUGUCCAGUUCAAGCAAUUCCAUGUCCUCGGAGGAAGAGGAAGGAGAGGAGGAGGAGGAUGAGGAGGAGGAGGAAGAGGGGGGCAGUGGGGCCUCGGAUUCCAGUGAAGUCAGCUCAGAGGAGGAGGAAGAGGAGGAGGAGGACUCGUCCACUGAGUCGGACUCCAGCUCCGGCUCCAGUCAAGUGUCAGUGCAGAGCAUCCGUUUCAGGCGCACCAGCUUCUGCGAGCCGCCCAGCGUGCAGGCGCAGGCCAACUUCUUGUACCAUCUGGCCUCUGCCGCCGCUGCAACCAAACCCGCUGCUUUCGAGGAUGCCGGCAGACUUCCCGACCUCAAGAGCAGUGUCAAAGCGGAGUCCCCCGAGGAGUGGAAUCUGCAGAGCUGGGCCCCCAAAGCGUCUCCGGUGUACUGCCCGGCCGGCCUGGGCAGUUGUUUCCCAGAGAUAAGGAACGAUAGGGUAUCUGAGAUUACAUUCCCACACUCUGAAAUUUCCAGUACUGUAAAGAGAACUGACCUGACGAUUAACUGCUUGGCAGAGGGGGCCUCUUCACCUAGCCCAAAGACAAACAAUGCAUUUCCACAACAAAGAAUAUUCCGAGAGGCUAGGAAAUGCCUACAAGCAACUCCUGCUACACACUGUGUAGAUAACAACACAAUAGCUACUAGGUUCUUCAAUAAUGAGGCUUUGGGAGCAGCAGAACAUUCCGAAAAAGAUUCCAAAAUCCCUCAUUGUCCAGAAUUUGCUACAGAUUUGCCCUCCUCACAAACUGAUCCCGAAGUGGAUUCAGCAGCAGCAGCUAAAGUCGAGAAUCCCUGCACUGACACAGGCGACAAGGCAUUGCCAUUUCUGCACAAUAUUAAAAUCAAAGUAGAAGACAAUAGUGCUAAUGAAGAAUAUGAACCUGACCUUAUUACAAAUAAGCUAAAGUGCGAGUGCAAUGAUACAAAGGGUGAGUUUUACAAUGUGACUGAAAAUAAAGAGGAGGACGCCUUGUUAACCACAGCAAAGGAAGGGUUUGUAUGCCCUGAGAAAGAACCUCCUUCCUUAAACCCACUGGCUCAGAGUCAGGGCCUUUCCUGCACUUUAGGUUCUCCAAAACCUGAGGAUGGGGAAUAUAAAUUUGGUGCCAGGGUGAGAAAAAAUUACCGGACAUUAGUACUGGGAAAACGACCUGUCCUUCAGACACCUCCAGUCAAACCAAAUUUGAAAUCAGCUAGAAGCCCUCGUCCUACAGGUAAAGCUGAGACACAUGAAGGAACACUGGAUGACUUUACAGUUAUAAACAGACGCAAAAAGGUAGCCAGCAAUGUAGCAUCAGCAGUGAAAAGGCCAUUUAAUUUCAUGGCAAAUUUUCCUUGUCCACCAUCGCUCAUUAUUGGGAAGGAUGGGGAUUUGUGGCCGGCAUAUUCCUUAAACACUACUAAGGAUUCCCAACCUCACAAGGCCCAUCCUAUAUGGAAAUGGCAGCUGGGCGGUUCUGCAAUACCUCUUCCACCUAGUCACAAAUUCAGGAAAUUUAAUUCAUAAAAAUGUUUUGGAAGAUAUUUUCUUGAACCAUAUUACCUUCCUUUUGUUGUAAACUGCACAGGAUGGUUUGUACGAGUCCAUUAAUGGUGUUACACCCCCUUUGGAGUCCUGGUUUAUCCCAUUUUGAAGACAGAAAUCGGAUUACU